CCAUUUCAUUUUCCUAUAAUUGCAAACCUUUCUGCUUCUACAAGCAUUUGAAAUCCAAAACAUCUUCUCAUAUCAGACGCAUACAAAAUGACCCUUUGCACCCUUACGAAGUCGGCUUCCAGGGUUGGGAUUGCGGCGCGUGGGUCACGCCGUUUACGGUCUUCGAUUGUGUGUGCUGAGGGGGUUUCCCAGCGGUUGAGCAACCCGAUCGUCCUGCCAUCUGGAGCAGAACUGAAGCCGAUGACUGUAAAACAAGCUAUGACGUUUAUGGGCCCAGCUCCAGAGCUGAUCAACGCCAGGCUUGCUAUGUUGGGCGUGGUGGGUGCCGUGGGUGCUGAGGUUACCACGGGCAAGAGCGUCCUGGCCCAAUUUGCGGGUACGCCGCUGCCUGUGCUGGCCCUGGUGCUGGCGCUGUCUGGCGCUACAUUGGCGCCCAUCGUGCGUGGCGCCAAUCUUAAGGAGGCCUUCGGGCCGCUGACUCCCCAAGCUGAACUGGUGAACGGGCGACUGGCCAUGCUGGCGCUCGCAGCCCUUCUUGCCCUGGAGGUCUCCAAAGGCUCUGCGCUUCUGUAAGCGUAGGUACAUGGGUGCGCUUGGAGAUGUGGAUGAGUUGGGCCUGGGGCAAAUGAUGGGCAAGGGUCUCAGGACCUGGAAUUAGGGAAAGGGUGGCUUCCACGUCCAACCCCUGCCGGGCCCCCAGUCCUUGGCAGCCCUUGUUGGCUUCCGUGGCGGCUUUUGAAAUACAACGACGAGGAGGAGGAGGUGGUAGGGGAGGCGUCCUGAGAUACGGAUGAGGAUGGAGGAGGGCAGAGGAGGAGUCUGAACCAUAUCCAGGUUAAAAGAAGGAUUGCGUGAUGAUGAGCAGUUUUGGUGAAGAUGAGGGAGCAGGGUACGUUGAAAGGGCCUCGAGGAGAAGAGAGGUGAAGAGGGGAGCGAAGGAAAAGGGCCCCACGAGAGGAGAGGUAGCACCAAGCGGGACCACAGCUCACUUGAGCCGCUUCUUUCAGAUAUAUGUUCGAUAGGAUACUGGGGCAGUACGGGCGCAAGUAAGUGGAAAACUGUACCGGGGGUCACAGGAAGCGGAGAUAUCAGUGCGGAUCAUGGUUGUAUUCUUUUGCCAAAGUGAAUGGAAUGAACUUGAUGAAAGGCGGGACUUUUUACUCGAAUCCCGGUUCAUAUAUUUAAUUAAACCGUUCCUUCUAGCGCGACUCUCAUUGUUGUCGCUGUUUCGCUGUCACAGCCUAAAACCCUUGCUGGGUUGGCACGGCGCUGCUAAACUCGACUGACAUAAACUAAUUUUACCACCAUGACGCGUUUUUUCUCCGUGUGGCGUGUUUAGUUGUGGCCGGGCACAAUCCCUUGCCAUGCCAUAUGCCGUGACGGACUGGCGAAUGCGUCCAAUGUGAAUGGCUGUGGCGGCGCCCACGUAAGACUUGCGUGGAGACCUCCGGCAAGGCGCAUGAGAGUGCGGGACAGCACAAAUACCGCCUGUUCUUUUAGUGCCGCACGGACCGGGCUUGGGUGCGGGGGCCCUUGGGACGUUCUGUGGGCCUGUCCUGCGCUGUCCGCGAGAGCGAGCACCUGACUCCGCCAAGGUGAACUAAACACAGACACGUGCGAAAGGAGAAUCGCUUG